UAAGAGGCAACACAUUUGGAGAAGUUUUUCCCUUUUUCCCCAAUUUCAAAUAAGUUUUUGACCCUUGCCGAGUGUUCAGAAUGUGCAAUUCGUGCUGCAACACCGCAGUGUUCAAUCCGUUCUACAUCGGACCCUAUCCCCAAUGUGCCUGCGGUCCGUGCCCCUAUGGCUGCUACUCGGGAUUUACACCCUGUGGAUGGCGCUGCUGCUACUGAGCGUUCGGGGAUCACGUUUUGAGCACUCAACAAACGUCAAAGAGUGGGAAGAGAAGUUUAACUCUCCGAAUUUGUUUUCUGUCCCAAUAAAAAUUAAUGUAACACACACAAA